AUGAACAUCGACCUUCCCCUCCGCCCCGCCAACGGGCGCGGCGACAGCAACAACAGCAUCAUCAACAGCAACAGCGCGACCAGUAGCGGGAUCGGCAGCGUCGGCGACCGCGCGCGCCCCUUCUUCGCAUCAUCAUCCCCCUCUACUACUGCUGCCGCGGGGGCGAAUAUCGGGGGUGGCAACGGGGCACCACAGUACCGGAUGCCGGUGCGGACAUCAGCGCAGUCGGAGGCGGAGGCGAUUGCGGGGCCGGUGAGGGAGGUGGCGCCGAUGAAUGAUCGGUUGAUUGUGGGGGUUGAUUUUGGGACUACGUAUUCGGGUGUCGCGACGGUAUAUACAUCCACGCCCGACGACGUAGAGAUCAUCAAGACCUGGCCCGGCGGAAACGGCAUCACCUCUGACAAAGUGCCCACCGAGAUCUCCUACGUCGCCCUCCGCUCCGCAACAGAAAGCGGCGAAGACACGAUCAAGCCGCGAUGGGGCUUCAUGUUCAAGCCCGAAGAGCCGCGACUACGCUGCAUGAAGCUAUUCCUCGACCGGAGCCAGAAGCUCCCCUUCUACGUGUCGCCGAAGGAGACAGCGACGCAGCUCAAGAAGCACAAUAAGACUGUCGUUGAUGCGGUUAGCGAUUACCUGACUGAGAUCUACAAACACACUAUGGACACGCUUGCGCGGCGGUACGGGGACGCGUUUAUGAGCACCACGAAGGUGGAGUUCGUGCUGACGUGCCCCGCGGUGUGGUCUGACGCAGCUAAGAACACGACGCUGCUCGCGGCUGAGAAGGCGGGGAUGGGAUCGAAGGAGGAGAUUCAGAUGAUUUCCGAGCCGGAGGCGGCCGCGGUGUAUGCGCUCAAGACGAUCCAGCCGAAUCAUUUGUCGGUGGGGGAUAACUUUGUUGUGUGCGAUGCGGGUGGUGGGACGGUGGAUUUGAUUGCGUAUAAAAUCAUGUCUUUGAAGCCACUGCGGGUGGAGGAGUCGGCGGUUGGCACGGGCGGGCUGUGCGGGAGUGCGUUCCUGAAUUAUCGGUUUGAGGAGCAUGUGCGUGAGCGUGUGGGCGCGGCGGCGUUUGACGAGAUGAAGGCGAAGAAGCAGAAGACGUGGCAGAUGGGACUGAAAUACUUUGAGGAGUUCGUCAAGCGCAACUUCAACGAGGAGGAGCAUGGGGAGGUUAAUAUCCCCUUCCCGGGAUUGCCGGAUGACGAGGAGGCGGGGAUUGACUGCGGGUUCCUCGUCAUGACGGCGGCGCAGGUGAAGGAUAUCUUCGAACCGGUCGUGAAGGAGGUGUGUGAUCUCGUGCAGGGACAGGUUUCAGGGAUCCGCGCGAAGGGCGGGAUCGUGUCGGGGAUCGUUUUAGUGGGAGGGUUCGGACAGAGCGAUUACUUAUACAAGCGCUUGAAGGCGAACUUCAACACCACGGCGCCGCCGCCAUAUAGUGAGAGGCCAACGCACGCGCAGGCAAACGAUAUGGUGAAUAAUGGGUCGGUUGAGGUGAUGCAGCCGGUGUAUGCGUGGACGGCGGUGGUGAGGGGGGCGGUGCUCAGGGGGCUCGAGGGGAGCAUGGUCGUGUCGAGGAAAAGUAGGUAUCAUUAUGGGACGAGCUAUGCGACGGUAUAUGAUGAGGAUAAACAUGCUGUUGGGGAGAGGUAUUGGAGUCCGUUGUGGGAGCGGUGGAUGGUUAGUGAUCGGAUGCAGUGGCAUAUUUCCAAGGGCGAGGAUCUCUCUCCAAUAACACCCAUCUCCUUCCACUACACGCGCAACUUCCGUCCCGGGCAAUCCCUCAUAGUCUCCGAUGAUCUGAUCGCAUGUGACGAGACAACCCCGCCAGGUGCCUACUCCCGCGAUCUGAUCAACGUGUGCACCCUGACGACGGAUCUGGGAGCUGUGCCCAAGAGCUUGUUCACGCGGUUAACGACGACGAGGGGGGUCGAGUUCGACAACCUCGAUUUCACGCUCGAGAUGGUGGUGGGGAGUGCGGGGUUGGGGUUCAUGUUAGAGGUUGAUGGGGUGAGAUAUGGGAGUGUUGUUGCGGAAUUUCACUAA